GAGGUCAUAUCCCCCAAAAAAGGCACAACUUAGGAAACAAUGUUUGCAGAAAAGAGACUGUAUUUUCCUAUCCUUCUCCUCUUUUUUCCGUCUCGAUUUGCUAUAUCGCAAUCUGUACGGGACUACAACACCACUCUUUCGAAUUCUACAGCAGGGCUUGCCGGGGUUUCCUCUUUCUGGAUCAACAGGCCCUCUCUUAUUGUCAAUUCCACCAACGACUUCUUUGAAUUGGUGACACCCAUACUUCAGCGGGAAAAUGCUGGCCCACGAUUUCUCUGUGGCUUCUACUGCAGGUACAAUGCCACAGAAUGCCUUCUUGGUAUUCUUUUGUACCACAACAAAUACAAUGAUGAGAGCAGUGUGAUAGAUAAACCCCAGUUAGUUUGGUCUGCUAAUAGGAACCAUCCAGUGAAAUUCAAUGCAACCUUGGAACUAGGCCAUGAUGGCAACUUGGUCUUGACGGACGCUGAUGGCACUCUUGUUUGGUCCACUAAUACUACUGGCGAAUCUGUUUCUGGCUUAAACUUAACAGAAAUGGGAAAUCUUGUGCUCUUUGAUAAGAGAAAGCGCACAAUUUGGCAGUCUUUUGAUCAUCCUACGGAUUCUUUGCUUCCAGGGCAGAAAUUGGUUUCCGGGCGGAAGCUCAUAGCAAGCGUUUCAGCAACCAAUCAUAGUCAAGGUUUGCUUGCUCUGACUGUUCUCAAUGGAAGCUGGGCUGCUUAUACAGAUACUGUUCCGCCUCAAUACUACUACACUUCAUCCAAUGCUGAUAGUUCUUAUUACAGUUUUGAUGGCCAAAGUUUUACUGCUUUACACUAUCCUACUAAAUCAAAAGCUCAAUUCAUGAAGAUUGGGCCUGAUGGGCAUUUAAAGGAAUACAAAUGGUCUCUAGUUGAUUGGAAUGAAGUAUCUGACAUUUUGUCGCCAUAUGUACAUAACUGUGGGUACCCAAUGGUAUGUGGAAGUUAUAGCAUUUGUACAAAUAACGGGCAAUGUACUUGUCCGCCACAGGAAAACUUCUUCAGGCCAUUUUCUGAGAGGGAACCAGAUCUUGGAUGUUCACAGCUGACUUCCAUUUAUUGCAACUCCUCGCAGUAUCAUAGUUUUGUAGAGCUCAAGAAUACUACAUAUUUUGUAUUUCAGUUCAAUCAUGAACUAAGUUCGAAGAUAUUUUGGCUUGAGGGGAAAAAGUUGGAAGAUUGCAAGAGGGCCUGUCUGAGAAACUGUUCUUGCAAAGCUGCUGUUUUUGAAUAUGAUUGGAAUGGGGCUCAAAGAGGCAACUGUUUGUUACUGAAUGAAGUUUUCUCUCUUAAAGACAGCAAAGAAGGAAGAGGCAAUACAGUAUUUCUAAAGGUGCAGAAUUCCUCAAAGGGGCAGACUCAGUCUCUAAUCAUUCCUGGAGGAAAGAAACCAAGACCUUUCAAAGUGAUAACAGGAUCUACUCUUGCAGCUUUCUUUGGGAUAAUUUUAAGCAUAGCUACUUGCUUUGUUAUUUUCAGAAAGAGGACACGUGAGUCCCGAAAGGUUGCGGAUAUUUUGGAUCUAGCACCAAUCUUACCCGGAAUCCUAACUCGAUUUUCUUACAAUGAGCUGAAAAUAAUUACAGAUGAUUUCAGUAGAAAGCUGGGGGAAGGAGGAUUUGGCUGUGUUUAUGAAGGAACACUGAGAAAUGGCACUAAAAUAGCUGUGAAGCAUCUGGAUGGUGUAGGUCAAGUAAAGGAAUCAUUCUUAACAGAGGUAAAGGCGGUCGGUGGCAUUCACCAUAUCAAUCUGGUAAAACUCAUUGGAUUUUGUGCCGAAAAAACCCACAGGCUUCUAAUCUAUGAGUACAUGGUGAAUGGAUCGCUGGAUAGGUGGAUUACACAUGAAAAUCGAGAAAAUGGGCUUACGUGGAGCACAAGGCAGAGGAUAAUAUCAGAUAUCGCGAAAGGAUUAGCGUAUCUACACGAGGAUUGCAGCCAUAAGAUAAUUCAUUUGGACAUCAAACCACAAAACAUCCUUCUAGAUCAGUACUUCAAUGCUAAGAUAUCAGAUUUCGGGUUGUCGAAGCUAAUUGAUAAAGACAAAAGCAAAGUUGUGACUAGAAUGAGAGGAACACGGGGUUAUUUAGCCCCUGAAUGGUUGAGCUCGGUUAUCACUGAGAAAGUUGAUGUUUAUGCUUUUGGAAUUGUCCUCCUGGAAAUUCUGUGUGGGCGAAAGAAUUUGGAUUGGUCUCAACAUGAUGAAGAAGAUGUCCAUUUGCUAAGUGUCUUUAGGCGAAAAUCGGAACAAGAGCAGCUCAUGGAUAUGGUUGACAAAAAUGAGGAUAUGCAGCUCCACAGGGAAGCAGUGACUGAAAUGAUGAGCCUCGCUGCAUGGUGUCUACAGGGAGAUUUUUCCAAGAGGCCUUCCAUGUCAUUGGUGGUUAAGGCAUUGGAAGGUUUGGUGACUGUUGAAACCAACUUGAAUUAUGAUUUCACACAUGUACCUGAGGUUGGAGCAGGCAACCAACAGAGGGAAGUCAUUAUCAGUUCAAAAUUUCCUUCAAUUUUAUCAGGACCAAGGUAAACAAUAUGCUUAUGAUUUUGGAUUUAAAGGAACCAAAUAUGGUUGCAUAAUGUCAAAUAUUACAACGUGUUGAAUUCUAGCAUAACUUUUUUUUUUGACAAAAAAAAAAAGUUAUGCUAGAAUUCAAAACGUUGCAAUACAUUUUUUAUGGUGUAUGAGACUAUAAUUCAUGUAAUGUAAUGUUCAGUAACUUCUAUACUAAAUUUUUGAGCUUCAUGUAGAGGCUUCUCAAUUCGUGUGUGAAAAUAAGUAUAACAUUGUAUGUGUUGGUCCAGCUACUGAAUUCAAAUGGUAGUAUGCAGUAAGCUUUAUUGUAUUAUGCUAUUGGAAAAGGCCAUUUUCUUGUUUUUUCGUGAGAUACACACCUAUCAAAUGAUCCAUUAACCAUGUAAGCCUGUGUAUUAUGUAUGCUAAUAUGAUUUGGUUCGGUUGGUUUCUCUUUAUCCAAUCUUAGCACAUUCAAUACGUCGAGAGGCAUCACAACACAAAAGCAUCUGUGCUGUCAUUUUCCAAACUUCUGUGCCAUAAAUUCCCAAGUCCAAGUCACUUGUUAUUCCACUCUACACAAUACCUUAGUCAAUACACACAGGGCCGUGCCUCAGAAAAAAUUUCUUCAAUGUACUAUAUUUUUCCAAACUUAAAUUUGACUAUGGGUGAGUUCACAUAUUCGGUUGGAAGGAAAAUGUUUUCUAGAAAAAUAAUGAGACCGGGUUCUAUCUUUCCACUAAUGGGACCAUUUCCAAGUUACAAUUACGUUAUUGUUCAACCUCGCAGACAAAUCAAGGUCACUACAGCUUUCAUUUACCUCAUGUUAUGCUUCCGAUCCUCACUCCUCUGUAUUUGAGGUGCACAACCUCCUACUCAUCGAGGCCUAGCACUUGUCCCAAAGCAUUAUUCAUUUUUUGAGGCUACUUGAUUCGGCAAGUGAGUUGCUACACACUCCUUAGGGAUUUCAACUUUCUUGAUAUGAAUAAGUUGUUGCAUCUCUUCGCAUAGAUUCAGACUAACCUAUCAUUUUAUUUAUUUAUUUUGCUUGAAGAAAAAAACAUGGAACUCCAUAUAACUUGUUGGAAGUAAACUAGGAUUAUAAUGGUACUAAACACAAUGCAAAUGAUGCAAAGCAUACAUAGAUACAAAUUUCAAUUAUUCCGAAGAGAAAGAUAAUCUACCUAAGCGCGCAAGCAAAAACAAUGAUCUACCUGGGAGCAUAAGACGUUCAUACUGCUCCAAGGAAACUUUGCUGGUGCAGCGCCAACAUCACUACGUUCUCCACCACGGCCACGACCAAAUCUCAACUUCAAAACCGUAGAGGGUCUCUUUUUAUCUCAAUCUUGGAAGCAGAGGGGAUGGUUUUGAGGGAGAUCGGCAUGAGAAGUUUAAUCGGAAGAUUUGCGAAAUUCACAGUUCUUCUGCCCAAUUCACAAUAAUACGAAUUACCUUGACAGAACUACAAAGUCGAUCGAAACGCAAGUUUCGAAGAAAGCAGAUGGC